AUGGAUGCUGACAAGCUGCUUCGCCUGCGCACCCUACAGUUAGCCGGUCCUGAUAUGCUCAUUGAUGGCUAUGAUCAAUAUAAUCAACAAGAAAAUGAGGUCGUCAAUAUAUCCGCAGACGAGCACUCCGAAGAUGCCGCCGAAGCUCCUUCGCUGCGCGCAGAUGAUUAUCAGCAGAUGAAGGAACUUCUCCUCAUAGACAAAGAUGGCCUCGAGACUCUGGACGAAACUCACAAUACCUGGCACAUAGAAAAGUGGCGGAAUUUGCAAAGAAAGGAACAUGGUCCUGUCUUCGAAUGUGGCGGCGCACCAUGGCGAGUCCUUUUCUUCCCUUUUGGCAAUCAGGUCGAUUGUGCCUCAUUCUACCUCGAGCAUGGAUACGAUUCCGAACCUCCGCAAGAUUGGUACGCCUGCGUCCAGUUCGCACUCGUUCUCUGGAACCCCCACGACCCAACCCUGUACCGCACCCACACCGCUCAGCACCGCUUCAAUGCUAAGGAGGGCGACUGGGGCUUUACGCGAUUUGUCGAGCUGAGGAAAGCUUUCCAUACGCCGUGGGAGGACAGCAACAGGCAUCUUGUGGAGAACGAUGAGGCCAUGCUUACAGCAUACGUGCGGGUUAUUAAAGACCCCACGGGAGUCCUGUGGCACAACUUCGAAGGCUAUGACUCGAAGAAAGAGACGGGCAUGAUCGGUCUCAAGAACCAGGGUGCGACUUGCUACCUCAACUCGCUUCUGCAAUCACUUUACUUUACCGAUGCCUUCCGGAAAGCCGUCUACCAAAUACCCACCGAAAACGAAGCCACCAAGAGCAACAGUGCUUGGACCCUCCAGAGGCUAUUCUAUCGGCUGCAGAAGGACAAACUUGCAGUCUCAACGAAUGAGUUGACCUCGUCAUUUGGGUGGGACCGUGGUCAGAUAUUCGAGCAACAAGACGUCCAAGAGCUGUCGCGUAUCUUGAUGGAGGUGCUCGAGAAGAAGAUGAAAGAUACCCCCGCCGAGAAAACUCUCCCGGAGCUCUUCGUUGGGCGCAUGAAGACCUACAUCUCCUGCAUCAAUGUGGACUUCGAGUCUUCACGCCUCGAAGACUUUUGGGAUCUUCAACUCAAUGUUCGCGGCAACAAGAACCUCCAUGAGAGUUUCAUGGACUACAUCCAAGUCGAGACACUCGAGGGGGAGAAUAAGUAUGAUGCUGGCGAGCCUUAUAAGCUCCAAGAUGCUAAGAAAGGCGUCAUCUUCGAGAGCUUCCCCCCCGUACUUCAUCUUCAACUCAAACGUUUCGAGUACGAUAUUAAUCGUGAUGCUAUGAUGAAGGUCAACGAUCGACACGAGUUCCCAGAUGAGUUUGAUGGAACCCCUUAUUUGUCUGACGAAGCUAAAGCGAGAGGCGAGGACUGGACUUACCAGCUACACGGUGUACUGGUACACAGUGGCGACUUCAAUGCUGGCCACUACUACGCUUUCUUGAAGCCCACGGCAGAUGGUGUGUUCUACAAAUUCGACGAUGACAGAGUUACUCGAUCCACUAUGCGUGAAGUACUGGAGGAGAACUAUGGUGGCGAAUACGCGAAUGUUGCCAACGGUGGAAUCGGCCAACGACAACCCUACAUGAGAGGCUAUUCGACCAAGAGGUCUAUGAAUGCGUACAUGUUGGUGUACAUUCGAAAGUGUCGUCUUCAGCAAGUCUUUGUUGGUGUCGAAGAAGCCGACAUCCCCGAGCACAUCGAGUCAAGAAUCUCCGAAGAACAAGCCGAGCUUGUACGUCGGAAAAAGGAACGCGAGGAGGCUCAUCUCUAUCUGCACGUCGGCGUCAUUACCGAGCAGACGUUCAAGGAACAUCGCACGUUCGAUCUCGUCAACUACGACUCUGACACCAGUGAUCCGUCUGCUGCGAAUAUUCAUCGCGUGCUUAGAGCCUCCAAGAUUAGCGACUUUGCGGCGAAGGUUGGUGAAGGCCUUGGGGUUGAUGGCGACCAGGUAAGAUUUUGGUCUAUGGUUGGUCGACAAAACAAAACCAACCGCCCGGAUCAACCCAUUCGUGAGACCGACAUUACCGUUGAGGAAGCAAUGAGCAAGUAUGCAUCGAGAGGAAAGCAAUGGUAUCUGUGGGCUGAGGUUUGCCCGAAGUCCGAAGACGGCAAGGUGCACUUCCCAGAAGCGAGUCCAUCGAACGGCAACAAUCCGAUCCUGGUCUUCCUGAAAUAUUUUGAUGUCAAGGCACAGUCUCUCACAGGAGUCGGCCAUGUCUAUGUCAGGAAAAACGACAAGGUCUCCGAAAUCGCUCCACAGAUCUGCAAGGUAAUGCAGUGGGACCCAAGCACGCCCCUUCUACUUUUCGAAGAGAUCAAGUUCUCGAUGAUUGAGGCCAUGAAGCCGAAACAAACGUUCCAGCAAUCGGAAAUCCAGGAUGGAGACAUCAUUUGCUUUCAGCAAAAUUUGACUGACGUAGAUCAGUCUGGGGUUACCUACACCGAUGCUCGGCAGUACUAUGACUUCCUGCUAAACAGGACGCCUGUUCAGUUCCACCCCAGGCCUGGACAUGACGGCGAUAUCUUCACAUUGACCCUGAGCAAAAAGAUGACAUAUGAUCAGUUCUCAGCCAAGGUGGCAGAGCAUGUCAAAGCUGAGCCUACGCACAUCCGCUUCGCCACCGUCAACAGUACGACUGGCAAGCCUAAAGCUUGGGUGAAGCGGAACCUGAACCAGAACUUGAACCAGAUCUUGCACUCGCAGUACUCGACUUAUGGUGGCUAUGUCACCCACCGAAAUGAUGCCCUGUAUUAUGAAGUCCUCGAAACGAGCCUUGCAGACUAUGAGACCAAGAAGAUUAUGAAAGUCUUUUGGCUCAGCGAAGGCAUCAACAAAGAGGAACCUUUGGAAAUUCUAGUUCCCAAGAACGGCAUCAUCGGUGACCUCAUAUCAGGAAUCUCGAAGAAGCUCAAUUUUGAUGAAGCUGCAAGCCGCCACAUUCGCGUUUACGAAGUCCAUAGCGGCAAGAUCCACAAAGAGCUCAUGGAGGAUUUCAACGUUGUGGGUGUCAACGAGUUCACAACUCUCUACGCGGAACGGAUCCCCGAAGAUGAGUUGAGAGCAGCAGAGGACGAUAAGUUCAUCUAUUGCUACCAUUUUGACAAGGAACCGGCGAAGCCUCACGGAAUACCCUUCAGAUUUGUCUUGAAGCCCGACGAAAAGACCUCAGAUAUGCGGGAACGCUUAAGCAAAAGGACGGGCAUCAAGGGCAAGCUUUUGCAGAACGUCAAGUUCGCCAUUGUACCCAGAGGAGUGUACGCCAAGCCACGAUAUUUGGAGGACGAUGACAUCCCAGCCGAGAUUGUUGGCGAUGCAACUGACGAGAUGCUUGGUCUCGACCACGUCGGCAAGUCAAGAACACUGUGGGGUCGAGCUGAAGGCAUGUUCAUUCGGUGA